AUUUGUCUUUUCGGUUGUGAUUUUUUCAUUUUAUUUUGAUAUUUUAAAAAUAUUGGUUAAAAAAAUUUUGUAACGAUAAUUAGAAUUUUGGUGUUAUGUCAUAAAAUUCAUCAUUCCGAGCUUUUUCGAGAUCAAAAAUCUAUAAGCCUAUAAUUUGGCAUAUCGUUGAAAAUGUUAAAAUAUUUAAUUUUCUGGAAUAAACCCAAACAAAUUACAGCUCCUACCAAUACUGAAACAAUGUCAAAAUUUUUGCUGAAAACCAAUGAAAUGUUUAAAAUAUUCCUUAACAACUGCAGUUGGUUUGUUUACCUAAUAGCUGGUUUGCUGAUCUUGUGUUGCAUUUAUUAUUACAUCUACGAUUGCAAAAGACGUUUAGAUUUAAGAAGACGUAGGGAGGAUUUCCAAAGAGGCAAUGAAAGAAUUCCUCAACGUCGCCGUCCUGGUGCUGUGCAUCGAGAUCAUGAAAUUUUUCGUAAUGCAAUCAAAACAGUCCACCAGUAUAUUGGACCCAAUGAAAAGCAGGGUUCUCCAAGUAAAUCGUAUGUAUUGAAAAGAACUCGCAGUGGCACUAUUUAUGGCAGCUUUAGUGUAAAUGAGGACAAUAAUUAAGGUGCAAUUAUAUGAUUAUUAAUUCAGGUUGAAACUUGCACAAAUUUAUAAUUCUAUACAGAUAUUCUCAUUUAUUUCCGAAUUUUUUUUAUUAAAUACAUAGUUAAUGCAAUAAAAUUAUAUAUUUUCUACAAUAUUAAUAAAUAACAGAAGUUUUUUACUUUGAA